AAACUUGUAGCAAGAUAUGAUUACAUUGUUACUUCGAAAAAGCUGAGCAUUAUUACAUAAUAAGAAUCAUGACUUCGGGAUGGGGAGUACAUUUCUUGAUAAUAUCAACAUUAUUGGUUAUUUUCUGUGUGAAAAGUUUGCAAAGCUUACAAGUAAUAUAUGCAAUAAAUUCUGGUGGAGAAGCACAUACUGAUAGUUAUGGAAUUCGGUAUGCCAGAGAUCCUUUGAUGAGUAAAGUUGGAACAGCAUCAGAUUAUGGCAAACAGUUAAUUAUUGGCAGAGUGAAUGUUAUUGACCAGAUCUUGUAUCAAACUGAGCGCUAUCAUCAUAGCACUUUUGGAUACGACAUUCCCAUCAGUGAAGAUGGAGAUUACGUUAUGAUACUAAAGUUCUGUGAAGUUUAUUUUAACUCUCCUAAUAUGAAGGUAUUCGAUGUAGUAUUAAAUGGAGAUCAUACUGUAGUUACUGACUUGGAUAUCUUUGAAAGAGUUGGACGUGGUAUAGCACACGACGAAUAUAUUCCAUUUAAAGUUCAAGCUGGGAAGUUCAUAUAUAAUGACGAAGAGUCUGAUAUCUUAGCUGGAAAAAUUAGAGUUGAAUUUAUAAAAGGCUAUAGGGAUAACCCAAAAAUAAAUGCUAUUGCUGUGGUAAAAGGAAAUAUGGAAGAUAUACCACAACUGGGUCCAAUUCCUCAGGAAUCAGAAGAGUAUCAUAAUAUACAAGAAGAUGAGGAAGAGUCUACGGUUCGUAGUCGACAUACAAGUGGCCCCAGAACUCCAGAUCCUUACUCAAUUGAUGAUUCUUCAGUAAUGUUACCAGUCUUUGUAGCACUUGGGGCGUUUAUUCCUUUACUAUUUUGCCUAUGUAAAUUGUAG